UUCCACCGAUGUAAUGAAUUAGUUAUGCACCCUGAUGGUAAACAGCAUCCUUUCCCAUGUGGAAACAAAUGUACCGGUUGAGCAAUCAACUCUGUACAUGAUUUCUCUUCAGAACUCACAUUUUUUUGCCUAUACUUCUAAUCUGACACUUAGCCAGAGGGACUUUUCAGAGUUUCUCAGUAUAUUUUUUACUGCAUAAGCAGAGGUCAUAGUCAUUGCUGCUGUUAUGUCCUGGGUACAAGUUGCAGUCAGCCGAUCCAGUGAGGAUAUAUUUGAUGAAGAUGCAGAUGAGAUGUAUCUACUACAGAAAGAAUGGAACAGCACCAUGAAAAAAAGAUUGAAGGAAGGCUAUAGGGAUGGAAUUGAGGCUGGGAAAGAACUUGCACUCCAGGAAGGCUUUAAUCAAGGUUACAGACAUGGUGCUGAGCUGAUGGUUACAUGUGGCCAGUUCAGAGGAACCCUGAGUGCUCUCUUAUCCUGGUGUCAUUUUAAUGGACAUGAUUCUGCUUUAAGUAAGAUAAAUAAUCUUCUUGAUGUGGUUGGAAAGCAUGAAGAAGAUGUGCUUAAGUAUCUGAAUUCUACUGAUCAACAGCCACAUCUUGGACACAUUUUAGAUUCUGUUCAGGACAUGGACCUUAAUCACACAGCUCCAGCUGGGACAGAGUACAAUGAAGUUAAAGCUGGAAAACAUGAAGAUGUUGGCAGCUCUAGUGAAAAUAUUUGUAGAAAUAAUGGUGAGGUUGGUUCCUUGCAGUCCGAGUGCAGCAAGACAAAACUCUGCACAGAUCCUGAAAGGUCAACGCUUGCUUGGGUUAAAAAGCAGACUAUUUGGCUAGUAGAGCAACUGGGCUUAUCACUGGAUGUACUCCAUCAUGUCCAGCAACUGGAACAUCAGUGUCAGGAACUGUCUCAUGGUAUUUAAAAUUACCUCAAUUGGAUUUGAUUCUCAGUUUGUGGACCAUGUACAGGCUGAUACAUCACUUCAUUUUAGGGAACUCUGAUACUUCCCAGUAGAGGUAAUUUCUGUAAAUCUUCACCAUGCUUUGGCUCCUGGAAAAAAAACCUCUUGCAUUCAGUCUUAAGCAUAAUGUUCACAGAAAGGGGAAAUUACUUUUAAAGCUCUACAAAGAUUUACAUGUUCUGUGUCAGAAGCUAUGAUUUCACCUUCACUUUCUCUUUAGACAGCAGUUCAGACAUGGAGCAGGUCCCCUAAAUAGUCCCUUUAAAUAGGUCUCCACUAAUAUCUAAAAAAAUAAGUGCUAUGGACAAGCUAUUCUUGCAGAAUAAGCUGCUGAUGGUGAUAUGCUAACUAUGUGCAAAAUAGAAUGGGACUUGCUGCUGAUUUCUAGAGUGCUGUGACUCUCUAGUGGCUAUAUAAAAUGGAGGAAUUUUUCACCUUUUGUCAAAUUCUUCCUUUUACCUUUUGUAACCACUAUGCAGUGCACUUUUGUGGUUGAAAACUGGUUUUUUCCUCCUCAGACAGUUCUAUUUAUUUCACUUUUGCUGAACACACACCAUUCUCUUCAAAUGCAGAAUUACUGACAAUUCCAUUGUUUUACUGUUAGACCAUCAACUCUUACCCUGUUAGACCACACUGAUCACAUUUCCAGUCUAAUGAACUUCCUUGUGUUAUUUUUGUGUUUAUUUUGCCUGUUCUUCUAGCCUGAACUCUCCCUCCCUCACUCCCAUAGUGUUUUUCCCAAACUCUUCAGGAAGCCAGGCUUAUUUUCCUUCUCUUAGAAACACACUAUCAGCCACACAUGCAUAUUCCUGACAACUUUGUAUUUAUGUGCCAGUGUUCUAUGUUUGACUCCUUUUCCUGUUGCUUGCCUUAACUGUAGCUGCAAAUUGCUCUUGUCAGGAAGACUUUUCUUUGUGAAUGCCUAUCUCUGGUUUUACACUAAUUAAACUGUUUUACAGUAAGUUAGGGGUUUACUUGUUUUAAAUUGUUUAUAACUUCCCUUCAUGUCUGAGACAAAGCAGGACUAGACAGAGACAACUGCAAUUUUGAAUAGCCAGCUUAACUACACUU